AUGGCGACGGACACAAUCCCUGUCCCCAAGCCGGGCGAGGGCGAGCCGAUUGUGUUUUUCGACAUCCAGAUUGGCGGCGAACCACUGGGCCGCAUUAAAAUGCACCUCUUCUCCAAGACGGUGCCCAAGACGGCGGAGAACUUUCGCCAGUUCUGCACGGGCGAGCACAAGGGCAUGGGCGGCAAGCCGAUGGGGUACAAAGGCAGCAAAUUCCACCGCGUGAUCAAGAACUUCAUGAUCCAAGGCGGCGACUUCCUCCACUCGGACGGCACGGGGAGCACGAGCAUCUACCACAACGCGGCGUUUGCCGACGAGUCGUUCGCGAUCAAGCACACGCGCGCCGGUCUGCUGUCCAUGGCCAACUCCGGACCCAACACCAACGGGUGCCAGUUCUUCAUCACCUGCGCCCCGGCGCCCUGGCUGGACAACAAGCACGUCGUCUUCGGCCAGGUCGCCGACGAGGAGAGCCUCAAGGUCGUCCGCAUGAUCGAGAACACCCGCACUGCCGGGCCGGGGGGGCGGGGUCAAGGCGAGAGGCCCGUCCUGGACGUUAGAAUCGUCCAGUGCGGUGAGAUGUAG